AUGAAGGAGUUGUUGGGAGAUGAACAAAACCUUGAGGUGGUGAGAGAUAAACCAAGAAUUGAGAUGGUGGCACGUGAACCAAUAUAUAAGGUGUUCGUGGAUGAACCAAAGCUUGAGAUGUUUAGGGGUGAACCAAGAUAUGAGGUUUUGAGAGAAGAUCCAAGACACGAGUUAAUGAGAGAUCUAUCAAGAUAUGAGGUACUGAAAGAUGAACCAAAACAUAGGGCGGGAAGAGAAGUGGAAAUGUUUCAACCUCAUGAAUCCAAGGUUCUAAAAGAAGAAAGGACAUGUCCAACACAUAAUUGUGAGGUGCUGACUGAAACAAAGGCAUGUGAAGCAAAUAAGCAUAAGGUAGUUGAAGAAGCAGGAAAAUAUCCAACACUUAACCGUGAUGCGGUGCCUGAAGUGAAGAGAUGUCCAGUACAUGAAAGUAAGGAGACCACAGAAGCACACAGAUGUCAAGCACAUAAACGUGAGGUGAUGACAGAAGCAGGCAAAUGUCCAACACAUCACCGUGAAGGGGUGAUAAAAGUAGGGAAAUGCCCAACACAUAAUCGUGACGUGGUGACAGGGACAGAGAAAUGUGCAGCACAUAAACAUGAGGUGGUGACAGAAACACAGAGAUGUUUAGCACAUAAGCGUGAGGUAGUGACAGGAACAGAGAAAUGUCCCAAACAUAACCGGGAGCUGGUAACAGAAACAGGGAGAUGUGCAGCACAUAAACGUGAGGUGGUGACCGAAACAGGGAGAUGUUUAGCGCAUAAACAUGAAGUGAUGGAAGAAGCAAAGAGGUGUCCAACACAUAAAGCUGAGAUAGUGGAAGAUGCAAAGGGAUGUUCAACGCAUAACCAUGAGGUGGAGACAGAAGUGGAAACAUCUGCAAGUAAACGUGAGCUGGUGACUGAAGCAGACCCAUCUCCAACACAUAAGCCUGAGGUUGUGACCGAUAAAGAGAUCUCUCCAACACAUGAACCUGAGAUGAUGGCAGAUAAAGAAACAUCUCCAACACAUGAACCUGAGAUGAUGGCAGAUGAAGAAACAUCUCCAACACAUGAACCUGAGAUGAUGGCAGAUAAAGAAACAUCUCCAACACAUGAACCUGAGAUGGUGACAGAAGUAGAGACAUCUCCAAUAGAUGAAUGUGAAGUUGUGUCCGAUCAAGAGAUAUCUCCAACACAUGAAUCUGAGGUUGUGACCGAUAAAGAGAUAUCUUCAACACAUGAACCUGAGAUGAUGGCAGAUAAAGAAACAUCUCCAACACUGGAACGUGAGAUGGUGAGAGAAGCGGAGAUAUAUCUAAAACAUGAAUCUGAGCUUGUGACCGAUAAAGAGACAUCUUCAACUCAAAAAUCUGAGGUGGUUAUAGAACUGGAGACAUCGCCAACAAGUAAAGCUGAGUUGGUCACAGAAGCGAAGACAUCUCCAAUAUAUAUAUCUGAGAUAAUGACUGAAGAGACUAUUCCAACACAUAAAUGUGAAGUGGUGAUGGAAAAAGAGACCCCUCCGAAACAAAAUCCUGAGGUGAUGACAGAAGAGACAUGCCCUAUGCAUAAACCUGAGUUGGGAAUCAAAGAGACAUGUUCUGCACAUGAACCUGAGUUGGUGAUAAAAGAAACAUGUUCUGUACAUGAACCUGAGUUGGUGAUAAAAGAGACAUGUUCAAUGCAUAAAUCUGAGCCCAUGAUCAAAAGAACAUGUUCUGCACAUGAACCUGAGUUGGUGAUAAAAGAGACAUGUUCAAUGCAUAAACCUGAGCCCGUGAUCAAAGGGACAUGUUCUGCACAUGAAUCUGAGUUGGUGAUAAAAGAAACAUGUUCUGUACAUGAACCUGAGUUGGUGAUAAAAGAGACAUGUUCAAUGCAUAAACCUGAGCCUGUGAUCAAAGGGACAUGUUCUGCACAUGAACCUGAGUUGGUGAUAAAAGAAACAUGUUCUGUACAUGAACCUGAGUUGGUGAUAAAAGAGACAUGUUCAAUGCAUAAACCUGAGCCCGUGAUCAAAGGGACUUGUUCUGCAUAUGAACCUGAGUUGGUGAUAAAAGGGACAUGUUCAAUGCAUAAACCUGAGCCCAUGAUCAAAGGGACAUGUUCUGCAUAUGAACCUGAGUUGGUGAUAAAAGGGAUAUGUUCUGCACAUGAACAUGAGUUGGUGAUAAAAGAGAUGUGUUCUACACAUGAAGUUGAGCUGGAGGUAGACAAAGAGACAUCUUUAGUAGACAAACCCGAGGCAGUGACAGAUAAGACAUCUCCCACGCAUGAACUUGAGGUGGUCACCAAUGAACAGGCAUUUCCAACACAUGGACCUGAAAUGGUGACAGAUGAAGACUCGUCUCCAGCAUGCAAUCCUGAGAUAGUGGCAGAUGAAGACUCAUCUUCAGCAAGCAAUCCUGAGAUAGUGGCAGAUGAAGACUCAUCUCCAGCAUACAAUCCUGAGAUAGUGGCGGAUGAAGACUCAUCUCCAGCAUACAAUCCUGAGAUAGUGGCGGAUGAAGACUCAUCUCCAGCAUACAAUCCUGAGAUAGUGGCGGAUGAAGACUCAUCUCCAGCAUACAAUCCUGAGAUAGUGGCAGAUGAAGACUCAUCUCCAACACAUACACCUGAGGUGAUGACAGAUGAAGAGAUAUUUCCAGCACACAAACCUGAGAUGGUGACAGGUGCAGACGCAUCUCAAACACAUAAACUCGAGGUGGGAGAAGAACCACUAAAACAUUCGACGGUAAGAGAGAUACCAAAAUAUACGGUGGCCGUGGAAGGACCAGUAUCAAAAUAUGUGGCAAGAGGAAUAUCACCAAAAAAUGCAGUGAAAGGACAAGCAACAAUGAAGGUGGUGAGAGGACAAUCACUAACAUAUGCUAAAGGAGAAAGGAUACAAAAAUACCCAUUAAGAGUAGCAUCACCAAAAACUGAAAUGGGAGGAGAAGUGCUGAAUAAUGUGAAGAGAGGGCUAUUACCAAAAUGUAUAGUGAGAGGGCAAGCUCCAAAAUUUGCAGUAAGAGGACCACCAAAAACUGGAGUAGGGGGACAAGCAGUGAAUAAAGUAGUGAGAGCAUCAUCAUCAAAACCUAGAGUAGGAGGACAAGCAGUGAAUAAAGCAAUGAGAGCAACAUCACCAAAACCUGGGAUAGGAGAACAAGGGGUGAGUAAUGUAGUGAGAGCACCAUCACCACAACCUGGAGUGGGAGGACAUGUGGUGAGUAAUGUAAUGAGCGCACCAUCACCAAAACCUGGAGUGGGAGGACAAUCGACAAAACCUGCAAUGGGAGGACAAGUGUCAAAAUAUGGAGUGAGAGUAGCAUCCCCAAAACCUGCAGGCAGAGGACAAGCGGCAAACAAUGCAGUGAGGGAACCGUCACUGAAAAAUGUGGUGAAAGGACAAUCGCCAAAAAAUACAGCGGUGAAAGCAGUGCUUAAACCUGCUGUUGGAGGACAAGCACCAACAGAUCUGGGGAAGAGAGACGCACUUAUCCACGCAGAACUAAUAAAUGCACUAAAACAAGCCGAGCUGAGAGAUGCACAACAACAUGCAGAGCUGAGAGUGCUGAGAGAAGCGUUAAAACAGGCAGCAGAGAGAGAUGUACCGAGAUAUGAGAUGGGAAGAGAGGCACCAAAACGUGCCGUAGAGAAAGAAGUGGCUAAAAUUCCAGCCACAGAAGAAGCACCAAAGAAAGUGGUGGUGAAAGAAGUGCCUAAACCUGUGUUGGGAGAAGCGCUAAAACAUCCAGUAUUGAGACAUGGACCAAAACCACUAAUGGUGGAAAAGGUGUCUAAACCUCCAGUAAGAAAAGCACCAAAACGUGUGCCUGCGAGAUAUGAGCCCAAAUCACCAUUGGUGAGAUUUGAUCUAAAAUUACCAUUGGUGAGAGAUGAGCCAAAGUUACCAUUGGUGAGAGAUGAGCCAAAGUUACCAUUGGUGAGAGAUGAACCAAAAUUACCAUUGGUGAGAGAUGAGCCAAAGUUACCAUUGGUGAGAGAUGAACCAAAAUCACGACCGGUGAGAGAUGAACCAAAAUUACCAUUAGUGAGAGAUGAACCAAAAUCACCACCGGUGAGAGAUGAAUCUAAACUUUUAGUGGGAGAAGCACCAACACGUUCAGUGAUGAGAAAUACAUCAAAAUAUGUGGUUGGAGGAGAAGAAGAGAUGCAGAUGCGUCAAUCGCCUGAAUAUGAGAUGGUAUCAGAGGCAGAGAUGGGUCCAGCUCAUACACAUACUCUGGUGACCGAAGCAGAGAUAUGUCAAGCACUCAGAUAUGGUUUCAUAACAGAAGCAGAGAUCUGCUCGGCACAAAGACAUGGUUUGAUUACAGAUGCAGAGAUAUGUUCGGGACAUAAACAUGGUUUGGUGAAAGAAGCAAAGAUACGUCCACCAUCACAACAUAAAAUGAUAGCACCAGAAGAGACAAAUCCGGCAUCAGUAGAUGGAGUGAUGAGUCAAGAGGAGAUAUUUCCACCAUCAAAAGAUGAGAUAAUAGGGCAACAAGAGAUAUGUCAACAAGAGAUAUGUCCACCAUCAGAAGAUGGAGUGAUAGGGCAAAAAGAGACAGAGCCAUCAUCAGCCGAUGAGGUGCCGAGAGUAAAAGAGUCACGUCCACCAUCAGAACAUGAGGUGCUAGGACAAGGAGCAUUGACAUAUUCUACCCCAGAAUAUGAGGUUUUAAGACGGGGAGUGAUGUAUUCAGCACCAGAGGAUGAGGGUCAAAUGAACUUUGAUGAAGCCUUUGCUUCAAUCCUACAGUUUAUGGCCCACUCAACCAAACAGUGCCAGCGGUACUAUGACAGCAUGCCAGCUUCUAGUCGAAGCAAUUGGGAGGAAAACCAUAUUCGUCGGUACCAUAAUGACGAUAUUGCUCCAUCAGUGUCCAGGCAGCCUCAGUACUUUAACAGCAAGCCAGCUUCUAGUCGAAGCAAGUGGGAGGAAAAUCAUAUUCGGCAGUACCAAAUGGACAAGAUUCCUCCAUCAGUGUCCAGACAGCCUAUUGAUUGCACUGAGGAGAUUCACAUUGAAGUGGCUCCUGGCUCUUACAAGGUCACAGCAACCUCGAAACAAUCUGCGAGACAGCAGACACACGUGAUAAAUCUCAGGCCAGGCCAGACCAUCGACCUUACCUUUACAACAUGAAGUGCGCAUAGUACAGUGGUGAUGGGCAUGUGGCAAUAAAACUGUUUCAGAGGGGCUCAGUCGUUUUUUAAGUGCUGUGUCCAAAGCAAUAUUGAUCUCAGGCACUUUGUAAAACUAAUCGCUGUUUCUGUAUGCACUAAGUUUUACUGAAAACUGAGGCGUACUUACCAGGUUUGACAUGUGAUACUGCCAUAAUGUGUUUUGAAUAAGAGGAUGCCAUUUUAAAAAGGUUUGCACAUACCUUAAGCUUUUGCACUUUUGUCUUUUCUUUUGUAUCAUCUUAUCUACACGUGACCUCAUUUUUAUUUGAAGAUUUCAGUAAAUUUCAUGUACUAAAACUAUGCUUCAGCUGAAGAAGUGGUAAGUGAGAAAAUGUGAUUUUUUUUAAUGUCUGAAUAAAAAGAGGAUGUUAGAAAGAAGCCAAAGUAA